AUGUGCCGCCACAUCCAGCCCGUCGGUCUCUGCCAGCACAAGCUGGUCAAGAAGUUUCACUAUGAGCCGCAAGACCCCAGACGCUGCGCAAAGGCUCGCCUGACGAGCAACAAGCUCCACGGGACGGGCGAGGGCGCGGUGCGGUGCGAGCCGCCCGAGGUGGUGGAGGAAUUUCCCCGGGCCGUCUGCGCAGAGCCGGCGUGCUGGAUCAACACGAUGCUCCAGCAGCCCGAGGGCUGGCUCUGCUGCCAGUGCCUCUCUCACGCGCGGCCGGGGCGCAAGCGGUGCUCCGACCGAUGGUGCAAGCACCCUGCCUGCGUGAGGUGUGAGCCUCACAGCACCGUCAACAGCAGGUAUUAG